AUGGACAAGGCUAGUCAAGUGUUGGCAAAGGGUCUUCCACCUACCGUGCCCACUUCUUAUCGUGCUCUUGCAGACCAUGGCGAGGUUCCUCGCUCUACCCUUCAUGCCCGUGCCCAGGGCCGCCGCUCGAUAGAAGAGAAGGCCCAGAGCCAACAGUAUCUCAGCCCGUGGGAAGAGGACGCGCUUGUCAAGUUUCUCCUACAGAUGUCUGAUCUAGGGCAGCCCGUGCGGAUCAAGUUCAUACCCCUCCUCGCCUUCUGCGUUGCCCGCAAGCGAUCCGAGCGAGCCCGACCACUGAAGCCACCGAACAAGAACUGGGCGCGCGCCUUCGAGAAACGCCAUCCAGACACGCAAGCGCGAAGGGUCACAGCACUAGACUGGAACCGCCAUGAGAAGAACACGUAUUGGAAGAUAUCCCACUGGUUUGAGGUGAUAGGAAGGCUGCUGCGAGAUCCAGCUAUCUUAGCAGAGAACGUGUACAACAUGGAUGAAACUGGCGUGAUGUUGUCGAUGCUCGGCUCGGCCAAAGUGCUGGUAGGUAAGAACGACAUGCGAAGCUAUAGAGGCGCACGUGUGAAGCGCAAGAUGGUCACCGCGAUCGAGUGCAUCAGCGCCGACGGUAGGUAUCUGAACCCUCUGAUCAUAUGGCCUGCGACCACGCACCGAAGCAACUGGACUACUUUUCCCACCCCUGGAUGGCAGUAUGCGUGCACUGCUACCGGCUACACUGACUCUUAUGUUAGCCUACAGUGGCUGAAGCGGAUCUUUGGUCCUGAGACCAAGGAGCGAGCGAACAACAAGCCAAGAGUGCUCAUUUGCGAUGGCUUUGGUACGCAUGAGACGCUAGAGAUUCUCGAGUAUUGCUUUGCAAACAACAUUGUGCUAUGUCGACUUCCAUCUCACACUUCUCACAAGCUGCAGCCGUGCGAUGUCGCUGUCUUUGCUCCGCUAAAAGCAGCCUAUCGCGAACAGGUCGAACGACUUGAGCGGGGAGGUGUCAACACGAUCGGCAAGGAGCAUUUUACUUCUCUGUUCAGCCCUGCACGAGCGAAGGCCUUUACGGCUAAGAACAUCAAGGCCGGCUUCGCGGCAAGUGGCUUGUUUCCGUUCAACCCAGACAGAGUGCUUGACUCUAUGCCCAAGCCAGCCGUAGGCCACUUCACCGUAUCGACAGCUGAUAAAGUCAUCGUUGAGACGAGUUCCCAAGAGCAAAUCCCCCCAACGCCCGUGACACUAGUGUCAGCAGAAGGUCUGAUGUCCCUGCAGAAUCUGAUCAUCGAGCAGGAUGCGCAUGCUCUCGACGCAAAGAGCAAGCAAAGCCUGCAGCGACAUCUCCGCAAGUUUUCGAAAGCGGCCCAACUAUCCUUUGCCAAGGGGGCCCUUCAGCAGAACCACAUCCGACUCCUGCUGAAGGUCAACGACGAAGCCAAGGUGCGACGAUCAACGAAGUCGCUGGUGCUGGGAACGGCCAAGGUCAUGGGCUACGAGGAGCUCCGAGAUGCACGUGCGAAGCGUGCUGAAACGGAGGCUUCUGAGGCGACUAAAGCUAAGGGGAAACGGGGUCAAAAGCGAACGAAAGCAUCGUCAGAGGCAGACGCAACACAGCCAAAGCGAAAAAUAGCGCGAGCGAGAGAACGGCUGGCGCCACCGCAGGCCUCGGUACCGUCAUCCAGUGUCCCUGUGGCGCGCAUGUACUAG